AUGGACUCGGACGCACCUGUGGACGAGCGGUUACGGAGGACUCAAUCAGCGAACGUGAUGCUGGCGAGCACGAACAGAGCUCUGGCUGAGAAGCUGGCCCUCCUUCAGUCUCUGCUCCAGAGCAAGGAUGCUAGGGCUGCAGGCUCAUCGGGUGGAGGUGCGGACCAGCUUCAGGAGACGCUGCUGAAGAUGGAGGAGGAGAGGACGAUGCUGCGGCAGAAGCUUCACAGGUACAAGGAGAAGCUCAAGUCAUACCGGACAAGACUGUAUCAGGGAGGAGGAACCUCACAACAUCUUUCCGCAGAGUCUCCUUCGGCUAUGAGACAAUCCUGGCAGGAGAGGAACAAGCAGCUGGAGCAAGAGCUGGAGGAGCAGCGGGGGAGAGAGAACGAGGAUCUGCAGAGGAGAUGUGCAGCUGCCGGCAUCGAAGGGAACGUCGAUCCUGCCCAGGAGAUACCAUGGGAGGCAGGCGAGAAGCAGCUGGACAAGGGAGACGCGAAUGAUGACGUGUACGAGGCCCUCGACCUGGCCCUUCAGCAGCAGGAAGAGAUCCUGACAAGCAAGGCCAUGCUGCAGGAGGAGAACCGGCAGCUGGUGUCCGAUAUCGAGCAGCUCCAAUCGCAGCUGGGGUCUUCAGCAGCAUUUCCCUGGGCUGUGAGUGCUCGUGUCGAGUUGUCGGCUGCAGUUGACUUGAUCUUGUGGAAGAUGGGAGAGGGAGGAGUUCCAUCAGCCCCGAUAUCGCUUUCUCAGGAGCAGGCAUGGGAGAGGAUCCGAGCGGUGGAGCAGCAGCAGAGCAUCGUGGAGCAGCAUCAGAAGGAGCAGUUUGAGCUCUUGCAAGCACAGCAGGAGAGGCUGCUCAAGGAGUCUGCGAGGCUGCAGGAGGAGAAGAUGGCGGUGAAGCAAGAGGCGGAUUUCAAGGACAUCGUCAACAAGGAGUUGAUGUCCGAGGAUCCAAAGAGUCAAUCUCAGGGAAACAACAGAGUCAAUGCUCGUGGGAGCAACUCGGAGUUGGAGGAGAUGCUGGUGAAGCAUGAGAUUGCUGAGGAGAUGCUGCGGUCACUCGAAGAAGUCUCCGCGGCGGACAUGUCAGACUCAGGCAACCAUUUCCACGACCAGAUGCAGCUGCUGUCGACCGUGAACGAGCUGACGGAGCAGGUCUCGACCCUGGAAAACCUCGAGAGCUCCGAGAUUCAGAGGCUGACGAGCAUGCUGGAGGAGGCGAAGAUGAAGCUUGAGGAGGUGAAGUUCCCAGCUGAGGGAGUGCUGAGCGAUGGCAGGAUGACGAGCGGCGGCUUCUUGCCAGAGGAGGUUGAGGAGUUCAACGAUGUGGGGAUGAAAUCCAUGGACGAGGCGGUGCGGCACAUGGCGGUCCACAUGAGGAGCCUCCAUGGCCGGUCGCUUGUGCGGGCGGACAGGAGGAGCGCGAUCACGAGCGUCGGGGAGGGCGAGUGGAGGACGGCCCUCCAGAAGGUCGUGCGGCACUUCGUCAGCCAGGCCUCGCAGCCUGCGGCUCCAGCUGGUGCCCAGCUAUCGCAUCUGAUGCUGGAGAAUGUGGAGAUGAAGAAGGUGAUCGAGGAGCUCAUCGGGGAGAACAAGAGACUCUCUGAACAGGUGUGGAGUCUGCUGGGGACCAGUCGGCAUGACGAGGUGACGUCGGACCACCUGGAGAAGAGAGCGAUCGAGAAUGUCCCGCACGUCCCGCAUGACGACGGCGAGUCAUCUGACAGCGAAGGGAGUGAGUUUUUCUGCCCGAUCGAGGACAGCAGGAAGCAAGCAAGCAGAGCAGCGCUGCUGGAGGACGUAGCAAGGCUUGAGAGCCGAGUGCGAGCGUACCAGGUGGAGCUGAAGUUGCUCAACAAAGACGAGCUGGCGGCUGAGAACGUCUUGCUCAAGAUGAGGACAGAGUAUCUGAGCGGGGAGCUGACGAAGCUCCGUGUGCCGAGGGGCAGACUGAGCGAGGAGCAUGGAGGUUCAGGGAGACUGUUAGUUGCUCGCGUGCAGCGGCUGCUUUCCGAGAACCAGGGCCUUCAGUUCACCAUAGACAAGAUGAAGCAGGAGCUUGCCGGCUGGCAGAGCAAGUCUCGUGCGGUCCUGAGAGUGAACGUGCGGCAGGACAAGGACAGGCUUCUGCGGGACAUCGGAGAGUUGAAUAGGUCAAUGCUGCUGAAGGUGCCGACGACCAUGAUCGCCAUGGCGGGGCUGACGACUUUGCAGGAUGCCAAACUGUUCGAGCAGAGGGUUGAGCUGGAGAAGCUGAGGGUCGAACGUGUUGCUGGCAAUCGCUCUCAGCAGACGAGUAAGCAGGACAUGUCGCCGCCUACCUCCUCCUUCCGCCCCUUCCAUCUGCUGCAGACCGAUACUACACCCAGCAGUCCAGCACGAGCCACUCUGCAAGCUGAGCGAGUCUUCCAGCAGCACCAGCACCAGCAGCAGCAACAACAGCAACAGGAACAACUGCAGCAGCAGCAGCAGCAGCAACACCAACAGGAACAACUGCAGCAGCAACAGCAACAACUACAGCAGCAGAUUCAGCUUGAGCAGCAGCAGCAGCAGCAGCAACUGCGGCUUCAGCAGCUUCAGCUUGAGCAGCAGGGCUAUGGCAAGCAGGGAGAGCCAGGGCAGCAGCGCUACGAUGUAUACGUGCAGGAGACGGAGCCCCGGGAUGCAGGCGACUACGAGGUGUUUCAUGCUGAGACGGAGAAGAGGAGGUUCGAGCACUACUCGAGGCUGCAGCAGGAGGAGGGAGGAGGGAGGAAGGGCUCCGGCCUCCAGGCCCCUUCUGAGCAGCAUACGGCCCUCGCACCUCUCAUGGCUGACAUUCUUUUCGAUGAAACGCCAGCCCCACCCCAGUAUGACUUCGUCGUCGAGCCCCUCCUCCUGCUCACCUCCUUCGUUUUGAUCUUCACCUACCACGCGAUCCACCACCGCUACAUCGUUAAGAAGCCAGAGCACACAGUGUUUGGUUUCGGUAGAGUGUUCAGGACUAUAUGGGUUGAAAAGAUCUUAUCGGACAACAAGCACGCCAUUCUUGGAGUGCAAUCAAUCAGGAAUGAGAUAUUCAUCGGUAUCUUCAUCGCAAAGAGCGCGUUUGUCGCUGUGACGGUGAUCAUCGCCGCUGCCUCCUCCGUUGACCUCUCCAAACGUCUUGAGAUGCUGAGCACUUUGGACUUUCUCGUUCCUGCAGGAAAAUCUUCCGUAGUUCCUUCAUCCGUCAAGAUUUCUCUCGUCCUCAUCCUCUUUGGUGGAGUAUUCCUGUGCUCCACACAAUAUCUUCGACUUCUCCGCCACAUGUCUCUGCUAGUCGGCUGCUCGAGCUGUGAGGCAAACAAGGAGGAAGUGGUGAAGAUGGUCGCCAAACUGUACGACAGAGCGGCUGCGUGUUCGUGGUGGGCAAAUAGACAGAUGCUCGUGUCCUUUCCUGCUGUGGCCUGGGCGUUCGGCCCAACAUCAUGCCUGUUGUCUACGGUCAUCAUCGUUAUCUUCAUGGUUGUUGUUGAUUGGCUCAACCUCAGUUCAAAGGAGCUGAUGACUCGACUAACGUCCUUGUCUAAGGCGUGA